AUGCUGCGGCGGCACAAGGAAUCGGCGUCGGCGUCGGAUUCCACCUUCUACCAGCUGCGCGCCGACUGCGCCCACAACGUCCCGGACACCAAGUUCAAGAUCAAGAUUGGCAAGACGCUGAGCGUACGCAAAUGGCACGCCGCCUUCACGCACCACGGAUCCCUCCACAUCGCCUCUGUUCUAAACCGGAUUCAGAGCGGGGGUGUGCAUCCCGCAAUCAGAGGAGAGGUCUGGGAGUUCCUGCUUGGCUGCUUCGAUCCCGAGAGCACCUUCGAUGACCGCGACCACAUCAGGCAAGCAAGAAGGAUACAGUAUGCCAGAUGGAAGGAACAAUGCAAACACAUGGACCCUCACGUCGGCAGCGGCAAAAUCAUCACCGCCCCCAUCAUAACCGAGGAUGGCGUGCCUAUCAACGACCCUCUGGUUUUACUCGAAGCCACUGCAGCAGACCAGCAACCUGGUUCAACCACCACCACCAGCAAUGGAGAUGAGUCGUCUUCGUCGUCGUCGUCAUCUGCAAACCACCGUCUCACCGAUAAACACACCAUCGAGUGGAAGCUUACGCUACACCAAAUCGGUCUUGAUGUUCUACGCACUGACCGCUCCAUGCUCUUCUACGAGAAGAAAGAGAAUCUCUCCAAGUUAUGGGAUAUUCUAGCUGUAUACGCAUGGAUCGACAAAGAAGUUGGUUACUGCCAAGGAAUGAGUGAUUUAUGCUCACCGAUGAUCGUGCUACUCAAUGACGAAGCAGAUGCGUUUUGGUGCUUUGAGAGACUCAUGCGUAGACUGCGCGGGAAUUUCAGAUGCACACAGCAAUCCGUUGGGGUUGAGAACCAGCUUCAGCACCUUGCCUCUAUCAUUCAGGUGCUGGACCCAAAGUUACAUGACCACCUCGAAAGACUUGGCGGAGGCGACUAUCUCUUUGCAUUCCGUAUGUUCAUGGUAUUGUUUCGCCGUGAACUGUCAUUUGGGGACUCCUUGUACCUUUGGGAGAUGAUGUGGGCUCUAGAAUAUGACCCUGACAUGUUCUCCACCUAUGAAGAGAGCGGGCCUGCAACUGACAGAAGUGCUCAAGGAUAUAAACCAAGAGUAAAAUCAACCCGUCAGUUUGGCAAGUACGAGAGGGCGAAUAUGAAGAGUGCUACUAAUGGUGUUGAUGGGCCUGUCCCUAUUUCUGUUUUCCUGGUUGCUAGUGUAUUGAAAGAGAACAGUCAGAAGCUGUUGCAAGAAGCCCGGGGAUUAGAUGACAUUAUUAGGAUAUUGAACAAUGUUAACGGGAACUUGGAUGCAAAGAAGGCUUGCGCUGGUGCACUGAAACUUCACGCCAAGUACCUUAGAAAGGUAGCGAGCUCCUUCCACAGAAACCUUAGAAAACCUUAG